GCUGGGCCCGCCAUCUUGCCGCCGCCGUGAUGCCGGGAUCGCCGCCGGGCCACAGACACACUCGGUCCCGCGGCCCCCAGCGCCGCCCUCACACUCACCCGCGGCCCGGGCUCCAGCACCAGCCCCGGCACCGCCAGCACUAGAGGCCCCGGCCCGCAGCCAGGCCGACCAGGGCACCGUCCCAGAGACUUGACUGACUGACGGCGGGAGCGGGAGUUGGCGGCUGAGUUGCCGGCAGCCGGUGCGGACGCAGCGGGGAGAGGAGAGCGGGAGGAGCCGGGGCCGGACGGGCCGAGUGGGAGCGGCGGCCGCCAGCGGGGGAGGGAGGGAGCGGCGCCAUGGCGGGCCGGGAGAGGAAGAUGCCCACCGCCGAGAGAGUGGUCAAGGCUGUUCCCUUUCCACCAACUACUCGUUUGUCCAUCGAGGAGAUCUUCAACGUUGACGGCAAACCAAGGUUGGAUGUUUUGAAAAAUCACUUAAUUAAAGAAGGCCGUGUAGACGAAGAAAUUGCACUUCGAAUUAUUAAUGAUGGAGCUGAAAUUCUGAGGAGAGAAAAGACAAUGAUUGAAGUUGAAGCACCAAUAACGGUAUGUGGUGAUAUUCACGGUCAGUUCUUUGACCUGAUGAAGCUGUUUGAAGUGGGAGGAUCACCAGCCAGCACCAGAUACCUCUUCCUUGGCGAUUAUGUGGACCGAGGAUAUUUCAGCAUAGAGUGUGUUCUCUACUUGUGGACCCUCAAGAUUUUAUACCCAAGUACAUUGUUCCUUUUGCGAGGGAAUCAUGAAUGCAGACACCUCACAGAAUAUUUCACAUUUAAACAAGAAUGUAAAAUCAAAUAUUCUGAAAGAGUGUACGAUGCCUGUAUGGAUGCUUUUGACUGCCUUCCUCUUGCUGCUCUUCUGAACCAGCAGUUUCUUUGUGUCCAUGGGGGACUUUCACCGGAAAUUCAUAGUUUAGAUGAUAUUAGAAGAUUAGAUAGGUUUAAGGAGCCACCUGCCUUUGGGCCAAUGUGUGACUUGUUGUGGUCAGAUCCUUCAGAGGACUUUGGAAAUGAGAAAACACAAGAUCACUUCAGUCAUAAUACAGUGCGGGGAUGCUCCUACUUCUACAGCUAUCCAGCUGUUUGUGAAUUUUUACAAAACAAUAAUUUGCUAUCGAUUAUUCGAGCUCACGAAGCCCAGGAUGCAGGCUACAGAAUGUACAGGAAAAGCCAAACAACUGGGUUCCCAUCAUUAAUUACAAUCUUUUCUGCACCAAACUACCUAGAUGUCUAUAACAAUAAAGCUGCUGUGUUGAAAUAUGAAAACAAUGUGAUGAACAUCCGCCAGUUCAACUGUUCGCCACAUCCCUACUGGCUGCCCAACUUCAUGGACGUCUUCACAUGGUCACUCCCAUUUGUCGGGGAAAAAGUAACAGAGAUGUUGGUUAACGUCCUCAACAUCUGCUCAGACGAUGAGCUCAUGUCUGAGGGAGACGAUGCCUUUGACGGCACGGCUGCAGCUCGGAAAGAGAUCAUCAGGAACAAGAUUCGAGCCAUUGGUAAAAUGGCCAGGGUGUUCUCAGUGCUCAGAGAGGAGAGUGAAAGCGUGCUGACACUGAAGGGGUUAACACCGACUGGAAUGCUACCGAGCGGCGUGCUAGCUGGAGGGCGGCAGACCCUACAAAGUGCCACAGUUGAUGCAAUUGAGGCUGAUGAAGCAAUCAGAGGCUUCUCGCCCCAGCACAAAAUCUGCAGCUUCGAGGAAGCGAAGGGCCUGGACAGGAUCAACGAGCGGAUGCCUCCGCGGAAGGACUCGCCCCAACAAGACGGCAUCAACUCCGUUAGCACGGCAAAUACCAACGAGAACAAUGGGACUGGCAGCAACAACGUCCAGUGACUGUGACCUUCCCCUCAUACACACACCUUGCCUGAGAUACCCCUGAAUCACAGCUUCUGAAACACCCAAGGCCAGGACCCAUGUGUCUGUGUGUUGAACAGCUGAACACAUUGGGACAACUUUGAAUGAUCAGACAUGGCAAAGACAUCCUGCUUUUGAAGGAUGGUAGAUGAAGAUUCAUGUGCAUGCCACAUAUAAUCAAGACUCCUGGACCUUUGGAAAGUCAGUACUGGUUUCACUAAUCACAUCUAGAAUGCAUCUCACACCCAUCGAAUUCAACACUUUAAGUUUACAGGCAGAAUCUAUCUUGAAUAGCUUUAGUUGCUUUCAAUCAGAAUCGGAAUGGAAACCCUAAUUAAUGCUGAAGUGCUGACUAUUUAUUGAUGAACAUUUGUUUUAUUAUGUUGUGUUUCAGAAGGAACUGCAGAUGCUGGAAAAUUGAACGUAGACAAAAGUGCAGGAGAAACUCAGCGGGUGCAGCAGCAUCUA